GUCCCGUCGUAAGGCGAUGUCACGUGACCAUAGAAAUUAACAAUUUAGUCUUGUUAGAGUUCCACUCACAUUUAAUAAUAUACAGGUAACAGUGAGGCAGUGUACGGUUAUUAUAGGCAGGACACACCACGGAGACGGGCGUACAACACAACAUGAAGCGUCUGAGGAUUUUAAAACUUUCGUUGGCUCUAUGUCUUUUGAUAGACAAUUGCAUUUUUGCCGUGAAUGGGCAAACGUUUAAAACUGGCGGAACAAGGAAAACCUUUUCGUUCCGGACAAAUGCCAAUACCGGUGUGAGUUGGAAACGACCAACAGGCACAGGCGGCACAAUCCCAAACAGAGGACAAGUGCAAACGGUACAGCUGCCAAAGACAGUACAAAAACCAACGGUGAGCUUCCCACAGACCGUUCAACAGCAGCCAAAUCAAAAUACACAGCAAAAUAAUCAAGGCAGUUUUGGAUUUGGAGCAGACCCACAGCCCAAACAAGAUCAAUGGCAACAACAGCAAUAUCAAAACCCACAACAACCAAGUGUUCAAUAUCCACCGCAAGUAAGCACAGGUCAGCAACCAAACCAAGGAUGGCAGCCACCACAACAAAAUCAAAUUCCUCAACAGCAACCUCUACAACCUGAGCCACAAAAUACUCAAACACGUCAACAACAGUCUUGGCAACAGCAAGAGCCACAAGGAAAUAGUCAACAGCAAUGGCAACAACCGGAGCCACAGCUUCAACAGUCUCAGACCUUUCCGGCUGGAAACCAACAAGGAAAUGGUCCACAAUCUUGGCAACAACCCGAACCACAGCAACCAGAACCACAGCAACAACCGUGGCAACAAUCUCAGGGUAAUCAGAUAUCUCCACAAGUCGUACAAACCAGGCCAGAACAAACUCAACCGCAAUGGCCUCAAAAUAAUCAGCAAACACAGAAUUUCCAACCACAACCCGUACAGCAAAGUUGGAAUCAAGGGCCAAGUCAAAACCCAGAACCACAGUACCCACCACAGUUCCAACCUCCAGGUACACAACAAGAACAGCCACAAAAUCAGUGGUAUCCUCCAACACAACAAAACGCUGAACCUCAAGUUAACACACAGGUUCGGAGACCUUCACAACAGAGUUGGGUUCAAUCUCAGCCUCAAGAACCACAGGUUCAGCAACAACAACAAUGGCAGCCUCAACCACCACAGCAACCACAACCACCACAGCAACAACAACCGCCACAACAGCAGACACACCAAUGGAAUCAUCACCAAAACCAACAGCCCAAUCCAACGCAACACUCUCAAUGGCAACCUCCUGUGGAACAACCAGCGCCAAACCAGUGGCCGCAAACACAACAGCAACAAGGACCAUAUCCACAACAACCAUCACCACCACUCAAUAACCAAGUCCAAGGUGGUCUCCCUGAAAAGUUGCAAAUUGGAACAACAACUCCGUCAGGUGCUAUGUUUGCAGACCUGAUUCAGAACCAAAACCCCCAACAAAACCAAGCCUACCAGCCCCCGCAACAAACUGGUUUUCAACCCAAUCAGCAACGGCAACAACAGCAGUCCCCACCUUAUCCUGGUGUACAAGUACAACAACCACAAGUGCAAGUGCACUCCAAUCCAUUUGCGGGCAGACCCGGUGCCGUCCCUCACUCUCCCCAGGUACCCCAACCCAGUGUGCCUGUGGCCCCACCUAAGCCCAUCUUUGCUGGCAGACCUGAGCCAAUUACCCCUGCCCCACCGCAAGCUUCCUGGACGACACCCGCUAUCGUGUAUCAGCCAACAACCCCUGCCUACGUGCCACCGACCCCAGCUCCAGUUGUGACGACCCCAGCACCUCCAGUUUCCUCCACUGUUGCAGGAGAGGGUCUUAACUGCUAUACCACCCAGGAGUGCGAGGUCGGUUGUUGUUACGGACCCGACGGACAGCUUCUGGAUAUGUCCACUUACGGACCAGGUGGCCCUAAGGAAUACCAAGUAACCGGCAAAUGUUGGAUCCGUACCCCAGGUCGCGGUGAUAGAUGUGAUGACCUGUGCCCUUGCUCUACAGGGUACACGUGUGACCAGGAUUACAACCCGAUCUAUCCAGGAACUCCACAGUACGUCCCAGGAGGCAAGAAAAUGUUCACCAAGCCUCCACGCGAAUGCAAGGAUAGCAAUAUCGUUAAAAUUAAACAAACUGUAUUCUGGGAGUGUUACAAGGACCACUUCUGCUCCGGAUUCCCCAAUGUCUAGGAGACAACCUUUCUCGUGCAAAGUGGCUCGUGCUAUUCUGAGCCAAAGGAGUCUUAUCUAUUUUCUCUUAGUAGUAUAUGCCUUAUUUUGUAAUUUAAGAAAAAAAAUGGCCAAAUUUGCGAUGGCGGUGACAAUUUAAUGUGGCAAACACUGAACACGUUGCUCGUAAUUGGUUCACCGGGUUUAAGUGAUAUGACCUGACUUCUUCGUUGUGAUUGCUACUGUGGAUUAUGUGUUUAUGAACACUUACAGAGAUCAUCCCCCAAAGAGAGAAUUGUGUUAAUUUAUCAAUCGUACCAUUUAAAUCUGCUGACAGUCGCCCAACUUCUUUUACUUUGUAAAUAUUUGAGGCAUGACUGGAAACGUGUUCAAAUGUUUCUACCUAAGGUGGGGGGAUUUACAGAAAUUAUUGUAGUUUUCAUAUAAAGAUUUUGUUGUUGUCCUAUUUAUGAACGUGAAGAACUAUUUAUACAACUACAGUAGUUAUCAUUUUCUUAUGUCACAUAAACAUUGUCAUAGAUGCGGUUUGGAUGAUAAAUAAACCGUUUUUACAUCCUGAUGUGUGAAUUUAUUUGUCUUCACUCGAAUAGAAAUUCUAAUUAAAUUGGACAACUUUU